GUGUAGAGUAUUAAUAGCAUCCAAAUAUCAUGACUGCCAACCCAGAGGUGAUCGGACAGACGCGCAUGUUGUUGACCUUGGUCGACCCCUGCCCGCGCUUCCAGCAGGCGUACGACAUUCGCGUGAAGGACGGCACUGGUGCAGGUACGCAGUUGGAACCGGUCGCCUGUCCGGCGGACUGCCAGGUACUCAACCUCGCGCAGCUGUCCCCGCCUUUCACCUUCAGACACCUCGACGCGACCUUUGCUGAAGCCUUCCGCAUCGACACCGACGGAGCGUCGUGCGCGGGGCAGGGUGGCGCGCGUCUCUACACGCAGCGCGCGAUGGACCGCACGCGCGACAAGACGUUCCGCGUGCCCGUCGAGAUCUGUGACGUCAACCAGAUGUGUGACAGCGACGACGUGCUGGUGACAGUCGAGGACACGAACACGCACGCGCACGAGCCGGGCACGAAGCACAUCACCGUGUUCAGCUACAAAGACAGCAUACCGGAGGACACGCCCAUCGGCACGGUCUACGCGCCGGACGAAGACGACUGGGACAUCGUUGACAAGACGUUCGCGAUGGUGGCGCCCCCACCCGAGAAGUUCAGCGUCGACGCGGGCGACGGGACGAUCCGCAUCAAGGACAAGACGCCCUCGGGACAGUACACGUUCAAGGUGGAUGUCACCGACGAGACGAUGAAUCGUAAGGUGACGUCGACAGUCAACGUGGAGGUGCGCGGAAUCUGGGACGACGCCGUCUUCAGCUCCGGAUCGCUGCGUAUCAACGGUGUCACUGCUAGAGAGUUCAUCGUGUCGGACGUGGGGACGACCAGCAAGCUGAGUCAGCUACGGUCAGAGAUCGCGCGCGCGACGGGGGCGAAGGAGGAGAAGGUGGAGAUCUUCAGUGUUAUGGAUCGUAAGGGCAGCGACCCACCACAGAUCGACGUGCGCUACGCAGCCAGUGGCUCCCCCUAUUAUCCCGCUGAGAAACUGGACGGGGCCGUAGCAGCAGAGCUCCCUGUGAUUGCACAAACUGUUGGCAUUGACAUCAUCAUGGUUCCCAUUGAUGAGUGUAUCCGUGAGAUCUGCCAGGGGGCGCCGGGGUGCCGCACCGUGCUGUCGACGUCGCUAACUCCGACCUACAUCAACACGAACGCGACCUCCAUGCUCGGGGUCAGCACCUACACGACGACCGAUUGCGUCUGCAACGCCAAGGACGACUCCGCAGUCGACACGUGCAACACACCUGGCGCCAUCUGUCUGAACGGAGGCACGUGCACGGACACAGCCUCGGGAGCCAGGCGAAAAACGGGAGAAAAGGAAACAGAGGGCGAAUCAAUCAAUCCUUCAAUCAAUUAA